ACUGCCGGAAGUGAUGUCAUGGGGGCUGGCUCUGUAUAAGAGCGAGGUGCGUCACUUCCUUUCUCUCUCUCUUUCCCUGACGCCGGCGCCAUGUCGCUCGUGAUCCCUGAGAAGUUCCAGCACAUCUUGCGUGUUCUGAACACGAACAUUGAUGGGCGCAGGAAGAUCGCCUUUGCCAUCACCGCAAUUAAGGGUGUUGGACGCCGUUACGCUCAUGUUGUCCUGCGCAAAGCUGAUAUUGACCUAACCAAGCGAGCGGGGGAGCUGACUGAGGAUGAGGUGGAACGUGUGGUCACCAUUAUGCAGAAUCCUCGUCAGUACAAGAUCCCAGAUUGGUUCCUGAACAGACAAAAAGACAUUAAGGAUGGAAAAUACAGCCAGGUUCUGGCUAACGGUCUAGACAACAAACUCCGUGAAGAUCUGGAGAGGCUGAAGAAGAUUAAGGCUCACAGAGGACUGCGUCACUUCUGGGGUCUGCGUGUUAGAGGACAGCACACAAAGACCACCGGCCGUCGCGGGCGCACAGUGGGUGUGUCCAAGAAGAAGUAACAUGUUUGGCUGUGUUUGUCAAUAAAGUUCUUUAUAAAACCAAA